AUGAAACUAUCAUGGCUCAUUCUACCUAUACUUUCAAUACUCGUACUUGUAGAUGGAUGUGAUUGGCUAAUGAAAAUCAAAGAGAAAAAAGUGGAUUUUAAAGUUUUGGGAGCUGGUCAACAUAGGGUCUUAGCCGUUAAAACAAGAAUUGUAAGCGAACAGAGGUUUUUAGAAUGCCGACUUCUUUAUGAGUUUGAAAUACCUGAUGGAGCUUACAUUGAUGGCGAUAGUAUUAAUUCAACACUAAUCAAUCACAAGGCUUACAUCAAAGAUCCAUUCGAUGUCGAAGUUAUGCAGGGACAUGCUAAAAGACAGAAAGUCCUUGUCCUUCAUUCCAAUAUUAUCAGACGAUCUUUCGCAGUAGAAGAUAAUUUAGAGUUGCCUGUACGAAUAAGGUACCACCCAGCAAAAGAAGCCGCAUUAGGAACUCCUCAAAAAGCAAAGGUUGUUUUCGUUACACCCACAGUGGCACUGGAUUGUCCUAACGAUUACGAAUCGUUAGGUUUAGCGAAAUGCGUUGGGAAGCGAUCGUAUAAUUCGUUUUCUGUUCAAUCGCAAGCUCCAUAUUGGGUUCUGAUUGAGCCAUUAA